CGCCAAAUCUUGUCCCAUUUCGCUUCCCUUGGCCCACCUUCGCACACCGCGGCCUCUCUCUCUCUCUCCCGCCAUCCAUGGCCAUCCCACCCUCUGCUCUCCCCAAAUCGUGUCGCAUUUCGCCUCCCUUCUCUUGGCCCACCUUCGCCCACCGCGGCCUCUCUCUCUCUCUCUCUCUCUCUCUCUUCUCUCUCUCAAUCAUUCAAAACUUAUAUCUCCAACAUUUCCCACCAUCUACUCACUUCGCCGACCUUCCCCUGUUCUCCUUCCUCCCAUUUCCUUCUCGGCCUCUCGCCAUGCUUCUGUCUUCCGCGCAACUUCCCUUCCUUCCCCUCCGAAACCCAGCAUCUCCGUUUCACUCCCGAAGAGGUGUCGGCUCGCCGCGGUUAGCGAGAACCAAGUGAAGCAUGCGUCAAGUUUGGAGCUUGAUCGGUCUCGGCCCGGAAUUGGAGGAUUCCCAUGCCGGGAAGAAGGCGAAGGCGCCGGGAAUCGAGGCUGGAGAAUUGAGCGUGCUCUAUGAUGAUGGAUUCGGGGCGAAGAGCGUGAAGGACUACGUCGACAUGGCGAAGGAGAUCAUCAAGCCCGACGGGGCCCCUCGCUGGUUCUGCCCUGUCGAGUGUGGACCGCCGAUAAAGGACUCUCCUUUGCUGUUCUUUUACCUGGUAGGUAUUGAUGGCACUGGAAUGGGACUCGUUCGGCAUCAAAAAUCACUUGGAAAGGUUUUUGAAGUUUGGUGCUUGCACGUUCCAGUAAAUGAUCGAACACCAUUUGAAGGACUUGUGAAAUUCGUGGAACGGUCGGUGAAUUCUGAGCAUACUAUGUCUACAAAUAAGCCAAUAUACCUUGUAGGAGAUUCCUUCGGGGGAUGCUUAGCACUUGCUGUUGCUGCUCGCAACCCUACUGUUGACAUUGUACUGAUAUUAGUCAAUCCAGCAACAUCAUUUGCCAAGUCACAAUUGCAGCCUUUAUUUCCUGUCUUGGAGGCACUACCAAGCAACCUCCACAUCACUGUUCCUUACCUUCUUAGCUUUGUCAUGGGUGAUCCUGUGAAGAUGGCAAUGGCCAGUGUUUCAAAAGACCUUCCUCUUCCACAAACAUUCGAGGAAUUGUCAAAACGUCUUACUUCUUUGUUACCUAUACUCUCAGAUUUGGCAGAUAUUAUACCAAGGGACACUCUUUUGUGGAAACUUAAGCUUCUCAAGUCAGCUUCCGCUUAUGCCAAUUCUCGUCUACAUGCUGUAGAAGCUGAAGUUCUACUGCUUGCCAGUGGAAAGGACAACUUGCUACCAAGUGGAGAAGAAGCAGAUCGACUUUGGAAUUCACUAAAAAAUUGCAGAGUUCGAUACUUCAAAGACAAUGGUCACACCUUACUUUUGGAAGAUGGAAUCAAUUUGUUGAGUAUAAUCAAGGGUACCUGCAUUUAUCGUCGUUGUAGACAACAUGAUUAUGUCACAGAUUACCUUCCUCCUACUCACAGUGAAUACAAAAAACAUAUUGAACAAUAUUAUAGAUGGUUUCUCCUUGCAACAAGUUCAGUCAUGUUUUCAACUCUGAAAGAUGGAAGGAUAGUGAAGGGUCUUGCUGGGGUUCCUGACAAAGGUCCUGUCUUGUUAGUGGGUGAUCACAUGCUGAUGGGGUUUGAACUUAGCCCACUUUACAGAGCAUUCUUGAAAGAGAAGAAUAUUAUAAUUCGGGGCAUGGGACACCCAACAUUGUUUUCAAGGAAAUUUGAAACUUCACGACAGGAGUUCUCCUACUUUGAUAUGAUUAAUAUCUUUGGUGCAUUACCUGUUGCUCCAAUCAACAUGUAUAGGCUGUUUUCAAGAGGAUCAUUUGUGCUCCUUUAUCCUGGAGGUGCCCGUGAGGCUCUACAUCGGAAGGGUGAAGAAUAUAAAUUGUUUUGGCCAGAUCGGCCUGAAUUUGUGAGAAUGGCUGCUCGAUUUGGGGUCACGAUUGUACCAUUUGGGGUUGUUGGAGAAGAUGAUGUAGCAGAGUUGGUUCUCGAUUACAAUGAUCAAAAGAGCAUUCCAUUUAUCCGAGAAUGGAUGGAAGAAAACAAUAAAGAUGUAACUCUAAGGUCUGAUUCCAGUGGGGAGGUAUCUGAGCAACAGCUUUAUCUUCCGGGACUUCUCCCGAAAUUACCUGGGCGUUUUUAUUAUCUAUUUGGGAGACCAUUUGAAACACGAGGAACGGACAUUCUAAAGGACAGAAGUAAAGCAAAUAUAAUGUAUAUGCAGAUUAAAUCAGAAAUUGAGAAUAUACUUUCUUAUCUGAAGCGAAAGAGAGAGGAGGAUCCAUAUAGGAGCAUCAUACAGCGGACUCUAUAUCAGGCUUCUUCGGGUUCCUCAGCUCAAGUCCCCACCUUUGAGCCAUGACGGUCUUGGAUUGUAAAGAUGCAACUCUUGCUCUGAUAUCUAUAUCACACUCUCGGUUCGAUCAUGGAGAUGGUAGUAUUUAAACUGCAUAGUCUGCAAAGCAUGAGCAAAGAAUUCAGCAUGGGUGCAGAAAACUGAGAGUAACAACAGAAAGCAUGCCAUUUUCUUAUUCCAAUAAAGUUGAGGAGAAAAGCAGCCUUGCUAAUUGCAUCCGAAAUGAUAGGCUUUUUGGCUUAGGAUACUCUGCUGAUAGAGUGGUAUGAUAAGCUGACAGUCUCUGUUACUCAAGAUAGUGGUAAGUGAGAUCGUGAAGUGGUUAAUAUUCAGAGAUAAGGAUCGGUAGUUCUUAGCUGCUGUUGGGUUAAUAUCAAGCUGUUAAUGAUCUCAUUGCAUGCUGUAAAGCUGCCAGUAGUCCAAUAAACAUAUGCCUGCCAAAACAGCAAAUUCUCCAAUUAACAUUAAGGAAUAUUACGUUUCUUUCAUUUUAUCAUCAGCCAUGACCAAGAGAGAGAUUAAGAAGGAAAAACUUAAAACUGAAUUCUUGAUUGUGACAAAUUUUGGCAUCUUUUGAGAUCAGAAGAGAUAGGUGAAUAAACGAAUUUUGGUAAAUCAUGGAUUUUGCAUAUGAUUGUGCUUUGUAACAAAAAUAACAAGAAUGUCUACUUUAUUUAAUUCCUCAUUUUGUAUGUAUUGGUCAUUAUAUAUCAUUCAUAAUCUUCAAAGUAUCGUCACAUUUAUGUAAA